AUGCCAUUAAAAUCGCCUUUCCCUGACCUUACCAUUCCCGAGAAGAAUCUAAUCUCACAUGUGUUCCCUGAACAUAGACAGCCAUCAACGACACACCAAUGGGUUGAUGCGAAUGACCCAGUUCAUACUCUAAGUUCAGCACAAGCCUUAUGCUGGGCAAAAAGAUUUGCAUCAGGACUGGACCGUGAGCAGGUUUCGCAACAAACAACGAUCCUACUCAUAUCUCCCAAUAAUAUCUUCCUUCCAGCGGUAUUCUAUGGUAUUGUGGGUUCGGGGAGAAUAUUCAGCGGCGCAAGUCCCGCCUAUACUGUUACAGAGCUCGCCCACCAGAUCAAAAUUACGUCCCCAAGGAUCAUUUUAGUUCAUCCUUCGAUAUUAGAUCGCGCCUUAGAAGCAGUGGAAGUGGUGAACUCAUAUAAAACUCGAAUCCUCCAAUUUUCUGAUAAGCCCAAUUCAACAUUGCGUGGAGUGCCUGAUUGGAGGGUGAUCCUUGACUCUGAAUCCAAUGCAGAGAGAUAUCAUUGGCCUGACUUCCCUGGCCAAACCUCUCGGAAAAUGAUUGCAACGCUCAAUUUCUCCUCUGGUACCACUGGUUUGCCAAAGGGCGUCGCUAUCAGUCAUCACAACAUUAUUGCCAACCUAGAGCAGGCAAGGUUUAUGCUCAGUCUUGGACGGGUAGCUACCCAGAAUGAUAGAUGGAUUGGAUUUCUCCCAAUGUACCAUGCCUAUGGACAGCUUUACUACUGCCUAAUGUGUGCCCACCUCAACACACCGGUUUACGUAGUGGAGAAGUUUGAAUUUCGAAACUUGUUGUGCUGGAUUCAGGAUUACCGCAUUACCAUGCUUCAACUUGUACCACCCGCUGACAUAAUCGUGUCGUUUACAUGUGAAGCUAUUCUGAAAAUGCUAGUCGACAGGCCAGAGCCAGCUGAGUAUGAUCUGAGUUCAGUUAAGGACAUUCUUUCUGGUGCAGCGCCUUUAUCGCAAGAAUUGGGCGACAGGGUCCGCAAACAGUUUGGUGUGACGAUCCUGGAAGGAUAUGGUAUGAGCGAGCUCACAUGUACCGCGAUCCAAACGCCACUACUACUGGCAAAGAAUGGGACAACAUCACUUGGUGUUUUGGUGCCCAAUACGGAAUGCAGGUUACUCUCUGACAAUGGUGUUGAGGUAGCGGAUGGUGAACCAGGAGAAAUCCACAUUCGAGGCCCACAAGCAUUUCAAGGCUACUGGCGUAAUGACCAGGCCACUCAAGACACCAAAAAGCGGGAUGGAUGGAUAAAAACCGGCGAUAUUGCCGUCACGCGAGGAGACGAAUUUUGGAUUGUGGAUCGGAAAAAAGAGCUGAUUAAAGUCAACGGCCUCCAAGUGUCACCUGCCGAGUUAGAGGCUGUCCUCGGAGAGAAUGAGCAUAUUGCUGAUGUCGGUGUUAUUGGGGUUGGCAGUGCACGAGGAGAAGUCCCGCGAGCCUAUGUUGUCCUUCACGAUAACUCGAAAGACAAGGUCGCGGAAAACGAUAUAUCGAGUUGGGUCGAACAGAGAGUUGCUCGACACAAGAGACUUGAUGGGGGUGUUAUUAUUGUUGACCAGAUUCCUCGUUUAGCAAGCGGGAAGGUUGAGAGGAAAACGCUGAGAAAAUGGGUUAAAGAUGACCAAACACGCGGUCUGUCAUCGAAAAUUUGA